GGUUGUGCCGCGUGAAGAAAGCAAGGAAUCAAUCAUAGAGGAAACUGCGAAGAAUGAGAAUCACCCUGUCAUUGGAGAGAUUUUAGAUGGUAACUUAUUGCCUGAAAACUCUUCAACAUCGUCAUCAUCGUCCGCUUAUAUUAUAGGACACAAUACGGAUCUUUCAAGCGAAAUUCUAUUGCGUCUACCACUGAAAUCCCUCCUGGAGCUCAAAUAUGUAUCAAAACAAUGGCUCUCUCUCAUCUCUCAUCCCCAUUUUGUUCAACGCCAUUGCCUUCGGAACCGCCCUUCAAUCAAUGGUCUGCUCUUAUUCAAACCUUCCUACGGUAAAAACCAAGAAUUCGAGUUUAUCUUUCUAGAUGGAAAACAUACUGAACCUGUCCCGAUCCAAACUGUCGCAUUUGUGAAUGAUCCUGCGGGCUUACGUAUUGAACAGUCUUGCAAUGGUCUUCUUUGUUGCAGUAGUUUUCAAUCACACAUCAGUAAACGCAUAUAUUACAUCUAUAAUCCAGCUACGAAGCAUUACAGACCGAUUCCUACAUCUCAAAUGAUUUGUAGUGUUAGCUUAGCUUAUGACCCCUUGAAAUCACCUCACUACAAAGUUAUAUUCAUUUGGAAAAAUGAUGCAUAUCAUAUGGAAAUUUAUUCUUCCGAAACAAAGAGUGUGCGUGUGUCGAACUGUCUGCUUCCUGCAUCUAAGGUUAUGUUCUAUACUUCUGGUGUCUUUUGGAAUGGGUCACUGCAUUGGAUUAGAUUGAGGAAUUCUUCCUGUUAUUUCGAUAUUGAUCGAGAUGUACUGAAGGUAAUGCCAAUGCCACAAACCAUAGAUGGAAAUAAUGGACUCAGGGUCGAGUAUUUUGGGGUGUGUAGAGGUCAUAUGCAUCUUAUCCAGAUGUACGGUACAAGCAUGACUCGUUUCGACAUCUUUGAGAUGCAGAGUGAUUACAGUGGGUGGACUGUAAAGUAUUGUAUUGAUCUCGAACCAUUGACAUAUUUAAACCCGCAGCCAGUUCUGGAUGAGUCGGUCUUUUCUGGGGAGUUCUUGUAUCGUUGUAGAUUCUCUGUAUUACUUGUAAAUGAAGAAGAAGAUUCCCCAUCAUUGGUGUUACACGUACCAAAUAAGAUAGUCUCUUACGAUAUUAGGAAGAAUGCGUUCAAAAAAAUUCAUGAUCUAUCACCAGUUGUCCAAGGAGAUGGUAUGAAAAUCUUUCGAUGAGGGCGCUUGUAUGAGAAGAUACUCAAAAGUCGCCACGGAGCUGGAAUGCCAGUAUAGCACAAACUGACAGUUAAGGUCCUUGAUGCAUAAUCGCAGAGAAAGAGUUAUGGUUGUUAACUCAAGAAAGGGAUUGUUCGAAGCAGAUCAAGAUUGGCAAGGAGAGACUACUCUUAUGCUGCAUUGUGCUUGCUGAUAUUUGACUCGCCUCAACAGCAAGUCUCCCUGUUACCAGGAUUCACUCGGCUUUGAUGGACUCUUUUUGACCAACCAUUUACAUAGGCUUGGCAAGAAAGACCUCGGUAGUAGCUUUCAUGGAGAUAGCAGUUGUAAGCAAGAAAAAUCCUCAUGUCAUGAGAGUGAGAAUUUCGACUCAUCAUGCAUAGAUAAAAAAAAAUGCAGUAUGGCUCAUGCUAGUGCACCAGAAGAAGAAAUUGAACAACUUGUACUCGGCUAUCAGGCUUACCUGAGCAACUCUAGUUUAUUUCUUUUAGCUGUGUUGGUUAAGCAAGGAAGUUAAUCAAUCAAUAAAAAUGUUAUUUCCUUGUGUUUCA